CACUUUAAGCAAUGAGAAUCUAUGACACUGACAAUGACACAAUGUUAUUCUUCAUGGACUUCAUGUGUCACACAUCAUUUAUUGUCGAUGUUUGUUAUUCUCCUUAGAACUUUGUUUUGUAAUUAUUUAAUUUAAUUGCUUACUAUAAUGAAAAUAAUUCUUCUGAUCAUAAGAUUAAUGAGCUUCUGAAAUGGCGGACAUUGAGGACACUACAAUUUUUACGGAAUGUUGUCGAACCUGCAUGUCCAAUUCAGCAACUAAUAUGAUUAAUAUUUUUGCUCUUAAAAACUCAGUGAGUCCAGCUGAUAUAAUAACAACUUGUACUUCAAUUAAGAUAAGCUAUACAGAUGUAUUACCGAAGAAUAUAUGUGAUAUUUGCUACAAAUCUUUAAUAGACUUUUAUGAAUUUAAAAAACAUGCUGAAGAAGUUGAUUUUAAAUUUCACACCAAAGAAAUAGAACAUGAGACAGUUGAAAUAAAAUUUGAAGAAGCUCAACAUUUAGAUAUUAAAGUUGAGUCUGAACAUGGUGCUCAGGAUUCAACAUAUGAAUGCAGUAUGACUUCAGAAUCCUUCCAGGAAUUGCCAAAUGUACAACACAAGACAAAACAAUUACCUAAAUGUGAUAUUUGUGGCAAAGAGUUUCCAAAAAAAUCUAAACUAGAGAGACACAAACGCACUCAUGAAAAUUUUUCAUACACUUGCAAUUUAUGCUCCGAAACAUUUAAAUACCAUUCCACAUACGUAAAGCAUUUAAUUCAACACAAUGAAGUAAAUAAAGUAGAAACGGUAGACCAAAAUGAGAACCAAAGCUUUGACUGUAAUAUAUGCUUGGUAAGUUUUAAAUCUAUGCAAUCACUAUCUGGGCAUAUGCGUAAACACAGUAACAAAGCCCGUAUACUUAGUUGUGUGGUAUGCCAGAAAGUAUUUAAGAAAACAAGUCACUUGAAAAGACAUGAGCUUAUCCAUGAGACCAAUAGGCCUUACAAGUGUUCAAUUUGUCCGAGGACAUUUACUUCGGAGAUUAUCUAUAAGGAACAUGAGAACAAGCAUGCUGGUGUGAAAAGUCACAUUUGUCCAUUCUGUUCGAAGGCGUUUUCGCAUUUAUCAACACUUAAUACACAUAUAAAAAUACAUACUAAAGAGAAGUCAUAUUUGUGUCCAUUUUGUGGAAAGAAGUUUGACUCUAAUACUAAUUUAAAUGAACACACAAAGAGGCAUAUAGGUUUGAAGCUGUUUGCUUGCAGUUUGUGUCCCAAACGAUUCGUCAGCAAAGGUGAGUUAAAGUCCCACGGCACUACACAUUCUGGUGAGAGAUCAUACACUUGCGAGCAGUGUGGCGGGUCCUUUACCAAACGCAGCUCACUGGCUAAACAUAUGUUGAGGCACCGUGGCAUCAAGCCGCAUCAGUGUGACGCCUGUCCUAUGAAGUUCACAAGCAAGGAUCACCUGAAGCGUCACUACAGAAUACACACUGGCGAGAAGCCGUACCGCUGCGAGCUAUGCGACCGCGCGUUUACACAGAGCAACGACCUUGCCAAACACAGACGGACUCAUCUUGGCAACAUGCUUUACAAGUGUGCGCAAUGCUCAGAGAGUUUCCGUCUAAAGACUGAACUCCAGAAUCACAUCUCGCAACACUUCGCCACACAACUAGCUUCUGUUGUCGGUAACCUAGAAUCAAAGGAAAAGCCUGUCCAAGACUACACGAGGGCAAUCAGAGAGAUGAAUGACGUGGGAGGGAAAUGUGAUGACUUUGUUACUAGUAAAGAUAUUUAAAACUGUUCAAUUUCAAAAAUUAUCUACAGUGUAUUGUGUUAUAUAAAAACACGAUUUUUCUGAAAAUUUCUGUGUAUUAGGAGAUUAUUUUUGUAUGACGAUAGGAUUAAAAUAAUAUGUCAUCGAUUAACGACGCAGAAAAAGCUUUAAGAGGAAUUUCUAGUUGCGGUUUUUCCAUACAAACGCUCUCGACUGUUUCCUCCCUGGAUUUUUAACCUAUAGCAAUGAUUUUUUUUUCAAAUAAGAUCUAAUCAUCAAUAUCUGUGCCGCUAUGUUUUGCUUUUUUGGAUUAUUAUAUUUUGAAUAAUACAGCGCCUCGAAAAUCGCAAAAACGGCUCUAUUGAAUUGGCUGCAAAAAAGGCGCAGUAUACAAAUAUGACAACAAAUAUUCAAAAAAUCAAAACAUAGCGGCAUAGAUUAUUUCUUCCUCUUGCAGUUUCCAAAAUUACAUAAUGAUUGGUUGCGUUUUGGAGGAGGAAACAGCCGAGAUCGAAACCUCGAUUUUUGAGUUUUUUGCGUGGGAUUUUAGUCCGAGCUGGAGUUGUCCUUAUCGCAUGCACGUCGCCCACCGCAGCGCGACAGAGACAGCUUCAAAAAUUCGAGAUUUGAAAAGUUGCUCAGCGAGGAAUUGCGCUUAAAUUCAUAUCCAUGUGUCAUUUUACGGGUUAUUCCCACUAGUUACCACCAAGUUGUUACCAGUGUGAAUUUGGGAAUUUUAUUCCCACCUUUUACCAGCGGUAACUACUGGGAAAAAAUCCAUCUAGUUACCACCAACUCAGUUUAGUACGGUUUGGUGGUAGCUACUGGGGAUUGUGUUUACUGCUUAAAAUAGCAAUUGUGAAUUUGUUCAUUGCGAACCAUAGAUACAAAUACCUAUACAAAAUCAUUUGUACUUCAAAAUUCAAUCUUUGAAAAUUCGAACGUCACUUUUUAACGAAGUUUUAAUUUUAUAUAGUUCUCAAGUUCUCAAGGAGCGAAAUAGUAAAGAUUUUCUAGUAAUUAUUUUAUUUUGGUCUUCUAAAGUUCGAAUUGUUAAUAUUUCUGAAGCUGCAGAGACAAGUGGUGUUUCACUGUCUCUGGUACCCAUAUCGUUAUAUUGAUUUUUUUCGUCGAUAGUUUCGUUCUGUCCCCGAGACAAUAAACAAGUCACUGAAUAACUGUGCCUUAAUUAAUGUUGUGUUAGCAGAAACGUCUGCAAAAGAUACCACAUUGCCAGUGUAAGGAAACUGCAGCGUUCGGGCGUUCUCGGCUUCGUUCGGCUCAGGCCGCGUAGCCAAAGUUACAAUCGUUAACGCUCUGUAGCGUAGCGUAGUCAUCUCUCUAUCACUCUUCUAUAUUAGUGCGACUGUGACAGUUGCGUUUCGUUCGCCACGGAGCGUGAAUGAUAUGCACGUUGGUUACGCGGGCAGCAUUGCUAGGAGCAAUUAUUAGGGUUGGCAGAACUUGAUGUUCAUUUGCGUGCACUACCACAGAUAAGAUAAUCUCUUAAAUUUUGACAACCCUAAAUAGCCGAAAAGGAUAGUGCCAUAUAUUGGAGAGGGACAACGUGAUUCGACCCUGAAUCGCUGUCAAACUUCGGUUUUGUAGGAAGUAGCCUUUCUGUACGGGAGUACUAUUAUUUGUUCUGUGAGAUAGCUUAGAAAAUAAAAGAAAAGUGGAAAAUUUACUGUCUUGCUCGAUACUCGUACUUGCGACUCUAGGAUAUGGUGGAAAUAUUCGCUGUUAACGGGUAAGUCUUGGUUCGAGUCGCUCGAGACAGCGAGUUUUUCCAUUUUCCUUAUUUUCGAAGUACCCUUACAACUGUUUAUAAUAUUCACAUUUAACCUUUUCGACGCCGUGUCAAACAAAAGCUGUCGUUCGGACGCCACGCCACCGAAGUGUCAAUCUGAAAUUGAACUUUAUGCAUAUGCAAGUAGGUCUGUGUUGCUCUGUGGUCAGUGACGGAUUAAUCCGUCUUCGGCAUUAGACGUACGGCGCGGAUAUAUCCGUAAUUGGCGUGAAUAAAUCAAUCUGGAUAAUUUCGUGUAUAAACAAGAAGAUGGUAUAACAUAGGUAUCACCUACACCGCCUUUACCUGUAUCAGAUAACCUGGGUGUAUUACGCUCGGCAGCGAACGAAACGCAACUGUCACUCGCACUAAUAUGGAAGAAUGAUAGAAAGAGAUGACUACGCUACGCUACGGUGCGUUAACAAUAGGCAUGUCGCCUAACGCAGCGGCUUACGUGAGCGAAUAACUCGAGAAGCGGCGCAGUGCGGCGCGGGUGAAUCAAUCCUUUGAUACCUAUGGAAGUGUCCUACGUGGGCGAUCUCGUUGCGAACGCGAAUGCCGUGGGCACUCGCGCCGCGCGUCUUCUCGUUCGCGAGUUAUUCGCUCACCCUUUGACUGCCACGCCUACCUAACGCCCGUGGCGCGUAAUUGUGAACCUUGUCGGAAUGCAUGAAGGUUGAUAUUGGGUUGUAGCGCUUGUCAGUUGGCGUCUUUGGCGACCAUAGGGUUAAAGUGUAUUUUUACUAUGGACCCAUUUACCUGUUAACCUAUAGUACAUUUAAGAUUGUUGCUAGAGAAAUAAGAGUUAAGUUAAAAUAAUUAUAAUUUUAUAUAGGUUUCACAAAACUACUAAUAAAACUCGUUAACCCUC